AUUUUUGUCUAUCAUUACUAUGUUUAUGCCAGGGGUAAUGGCAAAUUUUGAGAAUGAUUUUAAAAACAUUAUUGCUUUAUCUACUUUAAGGCAAUUAGGAUUAAUGAUAAUAAUUUUAAGUUUUGGAUAUAGGAUAUUAACUUAUUAUCAUUUAUUGGUUCAUACUAUCUUUAAAUCAAUGUUAUUUAUAGCUGCUGGGACUGUAAUUCAUAUAAUAAAAAAUACGCAGGAUAUUCGAUUAUUAUUAAUGGUAUCAAAUAUAGCAUUGAGUGGUGUGCCAUUUAAGUCUGAAUUUUAUAGGAAAGAUUUAAUUAUGGAGAAAUUGAUUAAUUUGUCUAUAAUAAUAAUAAUGUUUUUAAGGGUGAUAGUAAGAUCUAUUUUAAAUUGGGUUUUUUAUUAA